AUGCCAACUGCAACUGCAUUCUAUUGUGGCGGUGCAGGUGCAGCAAACCAAGCUGCACCCGUGCCCCAGGUGUCCCAGACACGCACAGAUGGGUCUGGGUGGCAAACAACCCAAAGCACUGGCAUGACCGGCACUGUGCAGCCCUUCUUCAUCAAGCCGAAUGUCCCAAAGCAGAGGGCAAGGAGUCCCAUGCGCAGGGCUGUGAAGACCCAGCCAGCCGAUCAAUCUCCACAGUACACAAAGGUGCCCGAUGCAGCCAAGCCAUCUGCGGAGCCGUUUCCAGGCUCCCUCAAGUGUUUCGCGGAGCGGUUCUUCAACCGGUACCCUGAGAAGCACUACCCCAACGCGCCUCACAAGCUCGAGGUCCUCAUCCACGACGCCAGGGCCAAAGGCGAGCUGUGGUCCCGCAACUGGGAUGCCUUCCCCUUGCCUGAGCUGGACCAGCAGCCUCCCCCGGCAGCGGACUCGGUGGCCCAGAACUUGUCAAGCAGAAGGGAGCGUCGCCCAAACAGGUGGAGUGCUUGGACGGAAAAUAAUGAAACCGCCAGGGAGAGCCACACGUCCACGUCACAACGAGCCCAUUCCAAGCAGGGAGGUGUCAAUGCCAGCGACAGGGGCUGGGCUGGCGUCGAAGCAGAUGUCAGCCUGAGGGAUGGUGAAAGGGUGGGCAAGUCGCACAUCAUUCGGAAGGCUCGCCAGGCGUUCAAGGAGGAUGAUCUUGAUGCCAUGCAGGAGUCGGUCAGCCUGUCAAACUGGGACAACCAAUGGGAGGGAGGCCGCAGGAGGGGGAAGCGUGGGGCCAAGAGAGGGGCCAGGGCUGUUGAGCACGAUGACGAUUCUCAGCCCAGCAACGACACUGGGUAUGAAUACAAGCGCAAGGGUCCCGGGAGCGCAAAGAGGCAGAAGGUGAACAGCAAGAGCUUCCCAGAUGCAGAGGCGGUGAAGCGGCACAGGCGGGAGGAGCGUUUUCAAGACACUUUGGGUGACAAUGUGCUGGAGGUCAAGCCAGCAAAGAAGCAGAACUUCAUUCACCCAUUGUCUGACGCCAGGGAAGAGGACUUUUGCGACGUUGUCAUCAAGGGUGUUUCUCGACAACUUGAGAAAAGCUAUCUACGGCUGACAUCAGCUCCUGAUCCGGAGACAGUUCGACCUGAGCCGGUGCUUGAGCUUGCACUUGCAAGGCUGAUCAAACUGUUAGGAAAUAGGGAGGUCACCUACCUAUAUGCAGGCGAUCAGUUGAAGGCCAUCCGUCAGGACUGCACUGUGCAGCGCAUCCGCAACCAUCUUGCUGUGCGCGCGUACGAGGCAGCAGCCCGAGCCGCCCUGGAGUAUGGCGACAUCGCAGAGUUCAACCAGUGCCAGUCGGUGCUGCAGGGUCUGUAUGACGAGGGCGUGGAGGGCUGUGUGCCUGAGUUUCUGGCGUACAGGAUACUGUACCAAGCAGUGCACUCUGCGCUGGGAGAGAGCAGGGGCCUGCGCAACACGCUUCAGCACAUGACUGAGCAGGAAGCGAAUGACAUCGUGGUGGGCCAUGCACUGAAAGUUAUGGAGGCCUUGCAGCUGGACGACUUCUGGAGCUUCUUCGAGCUGUAUACGAAAGCCCCCAACCUUGGGCGUGCCCUGAUGGACCAUGUUCUGAGGUUUAAGCGAUUUGGGUUCAUAAAGAUGCUUGCAGCAGCAUUCAGGCCAUCGGUGUCAGUUGGUUUCCUUGCAGAGGCUCUUUGCUUCUACAGUGCAGCAGCGCCCGGCAGCAGUAGCGAAGACGGCAAAAUUCCUCCCGGUUGCUCCCUGGUGUACUUCCCUGGGAAGGCUGGAACGAAGACGGAUGUCGAAGAAGGAUCUGCAUUAUGCAUCGAGUGGCUGGAGAAACAUGGUGCUGUGUUGGAACAAAAGACAGGUAGUGCUAGGGCCUCUGAAGUUGUUGUGAACACGAAACUCAGCCUCAGUAAGCUCUACCUCCCUGAGGAUGAAGAAGCCGUAGCACAUGGGGAUGCCAAUCUAGGCCUGUCAGACUUUCUUGCGAAACCAACACUUAUGGCAUGA